AUGGCCGAAACUCAAGGAGCACGAAAGCGAUAUGCCGUUGUUGGUACCGGCGGCCGCUCAAGCUUCUUCUACUCGGCCAUCGCAACAGAAUACAGCAAAACGUCAUGCAUUGUAGCCCUUUGCGACACAAAUCAGACGCGUAUGAACUAUGCAAACUUCAAGCUGAAGUCACUCGGUCAUGGCGAGGUUCCAACGUAUCUCGCCAGCAACUUCGAUCAGAUGAUCAAAGAGUCAAAGCCAGACGAAGUCAUCAUCACAACCAUGGAUCGAACACACAAUAUCUACAUCGUCAGAGCUCUCGAACUAGGAUGUAAUGUCAUUACUGAGAAGCCGAUGACCAUUGACGCCCCUAGAUGCAAAGAAAUAUUCUCAGCAGUCGAGAGAACCGGCCAGAAAGUUCGCGUCACUUUCAACUACAGAUAUGCGCCUCACAACACUAAAGUUUUCGAGCUGCUGAGAUCCGGAGCUAUUGGGAAAGUCACAAGUGUUCACUUUGAAUGGAUGCUGAACACCAGCCACGGAGCCGACUACUUCCGCCGUUGGCACAGGGACAAGCGCAACAGCGGUGGCCUUUUGGUACACAAGUCAACCCAUCACUUCGACCUUGUCAACUUCUGGCUCCAAACCAGACCUCAAACCGUAUUUGCCACAGGCGACCUUGCCUUUUACGGCCGAGAGAACGCAGAGAAGCGAGGCGAGACCAAGUUCUACACCCGCGCCCAUGGCAGCGAAGUGGCAAAAGCCGACCCUUUUGCCCUUCACCUCGAUGAGAAUCCCCAGUUGAAGGCUAUGUACCUGGAUGCUGAGCACGAGGAUGCUUACUACCGCGACCAGAGCGUCUUUGGUGACGGUAUCAGCAUCGAAGACACCAUGAACGUUCUCGUCAAGUACCGCAACGGAGCUAGUCUCUCAUACUCCCUUACAGCAUACGCACCAUGGGAGGGUUUCCGAGUUAGCUUCAAUGGAACUGGUGGACGUCUUGAAGUUGAGGUCGUAGAGAACAGCUACGUCAACUCAGGUGGUGAUCAGGCACAUGAGGGAUCUCUAGAGAGUCGCAAGAUCCUACUUCGACCUCUCUUCGAGAAGCCAAGAGAGAUCAAGGUCGAAGAUGGUGUUGGCGCUCACGGAGGUGGAGAUACUGUUCUACUGAAUGAUCUCUUUGGAACGCCAGUGUCGGAUGAGUACAUGCGAGCGGCGAGCCAUAUCGAUGGUGCUGCCUCGAUACUUACCGGAAUCGCGGCUAACCGGUCUAUUGCUACGGGACAAGCGAUAAACGUAGAUGAUAUUUUGCUAGUUCCCAGUUCUUGA